AUGCUUCCUUUAACUUGCACACGCUCGGGAUUUGGAAUACUACCCAACCAAAUGGGUUAGCUGUCCCUGAUGCUAGCAUGCACCCUGUUAAUUCAACGGAAGAUGUUUUAGAAUUGAUGAAAAUUGGUUUAGCAAACAGAGCUGUUGGUGCUACUGCCCUCAACGAAAGAAGCAGUAGGUCCCACAGUGUACUUACCGUUCAUGUACGUGGGACCGACUUGGAGACCGAUUCGGUUUUACGUGGCUGUCUACAUUUGGUAGAUCUUGCAGGCAGUGAACGAAUUGACCGCUCCGAGGCCACAGGGGAUAGAUUACGUGAAGCGCAACAUAUAAACAAAUCUUUAUCUGCAUUGGGGGAUGUGAUCUUUGCUUUAGCACACAAAAGCUCUCAUGUACCAUACAGAAACAGUAAACUCACUCAAGUUCUUCAAAGCUCCUUAGGUUCAAAAAAGGCGAUCGGGAGCAGCUCCUCUGCUGCUAGACCUUCCAAGAGAUGGCAGUAAGAUGGGAGGGAGAGAGACAAAGAGAGAUUGUAACAGGAUUAACAAGAUUAUUAAUCUUCGGGAUGAUUUAAUUAAUUAACCCCAAACAUUAUUAUUACUUUCAUGAAGAAACAAUGGGAAAAAUGGAACUUGGAAUUUAUCAUGGAUGGAUUAUUCCUGUGUACAUUAAUUAACCUGUGGAAGAAGGCAUAUCUCCCUAAUAUAACAAGGGCCCUUCU